AAUGGGAAGGUGGGUAGAUCAGACUGAAUUCCCGUGUGUGUGUGUGAGAGAGAGAGAGAGAGAGAGAGAGAGCGCGCGCGCGCGAGAAGCUGUAAAGCAUUGUAACUUGUCUUGUCUCGCUUGGUUUCUGCCCUCCCUUGGAAAGGAAAGAGGUGCAGACAAAAAUGAGCCUUUAUUUCUCCCUAUUCAUUGUCUGCUGACUCUGCGUCUCUUCCCUCUUCUUCAGCUGCUACACAAAGCUUCUUUUUUGUCUUCUUAAUUCGCCCUUUGGUGGUUCAGCAAAACUUUGACUUUUGCUUUCUCUCUUCGUUAUCCUCUACCCUCUUCUUGUGCUACUGAAAUCAGUUCAGAAAACAAGCACCAUGUUUCGUAGAAAGCAACACUCUCAUACCGAAGAGAAUGAUGGCACGCACCAAGAAGCAAAGAUUAAUGAGUUAAAAUCUGCAAUUGGCCCCAUAUCUGGAAGAAGCAAACAGUUCUGCUCUGAUGCAUGCUUCAGAAGAUAUUUGGUAGCUCGCAGCUGGAAUGUUGACAAAUCAAAGAAAAUGCUCGAAGAUACUCUCAAGUGGAGAUCAGUAUAUAGGCCCGAAGAAAUUCGCUGGCAAGAAGUUGCUAUGGAAGGCGAAACUGGGAAGGUAUAUAGAGCAACUUUUCAGGACAAGGAUGGCAGAACUGUUCUUGUGCUGAGGCCUGGAAAACAGAACACCUCGUCACAUGAUAAUCAACUCCGUCAUCUGAUUUAUCUCUUAGAGAAUGCAAUUCUCAAUUUACCUGAGGGUCAAGAGCAGAUGGUGUGGCUCAUAGAUUUUGGAGGAUGGUCUUUAAGCAAUUCAGUCCCAAUAAAGAUGGCACGAGAAACAGCGCAUGUCUUGCAAAAUCACUAUCCUGAGAGGCUUGCUGUUGCUUUUCUUUAUAAUCCUCCGAGGAUAUUUGAAACUUUUUGGAAGGUGGUCAAAUACUUCUUGGACCCAACAACUUUCCAGAAGGUGAAAUUUGUGUACCCAAAGAACAAAGAAAGCUUAGAGAUAAUGCAGAAGCACUUUGAUGAGAAUAUCCUUCCAAAGGAAUUUGGAGGGAGGAGCGACGCUCACUAUGACUAUGAGGAGUUCUCCACAUUAAUGGCUAAGGAUGACCUGAAAUCCAUUAAAGCUUGGGGAGCAUCAGAUGACAAGUCUUCAACACUGGUGGUAGAAACUGAAACCUCGCAGGCUACAGCUGCAAGUUCGCCUUCCACACGUUAAGAUCUCUCUGCUUUCUGAAUUACUUCUGAAUUUUUAUAACAUGAAAUGUUUGGGGCAUUUUCAUGCAUGCCACUGAAUUUUUAUUUAUUUAUAUAUUUAAUAUACCAAGUUUUAUAUAUUUAA